AAAGGAAGGAAGAAGAAGGAACUCUCUCGUUCUCCAGAGCAACCGGGAAUGUUCGAGGGGAUGGUGGUCUUCUUGGUUGAAGCUGAAGUACAGCCACGCAGAUUGCAGACAGAGCCUUCAUGUGCCUUCUGUGAUCCUUUACUAGGAAAAGCAUUGUUAUUGCUGUUUUGGUUUUGCACGUUGAAAAAGAAGGAACCUUCUCAUUGUAGAUAUGGAAACAGAAGCUGGUGCAGAUGGGAGCUACCAUUGAGGAUCGCCUUUCAAAGAGGGUUACUCAUAUUUUUGCCAUGAACUCCAAAGCCCUUCUAAACCAAGUGGAUAGGUAUUGGUUGACGCGUUUUAGAGUGAGUUUACUCCUUUACCAGUGGCUGGAGGAAAGCUUGAGAUUAGGAGAAAAGGUGCCUGAGGAUUCAUACAAUCUAAAACUGGAGUCUGAAGUGGGGGAGGAGGAAAAAUCUUUGGAGGCAAUCUCAUCUGAACCAGCAAAUGACAACAAUUCGGGUGGUGGUAAACCUUCCCCUCGCAAAAAAAUAAAAAAUUCUCCCGGGGAUUCAAAUGUUGCAAGUCUAGUGAGUGGGGAAGAUAAUCGAAAAGGUCCUGGAGACGAGGCACCAACUACUACUGGAGGUUCUGAUGACUCCACUCAGUAUACACCAAGUCCAGAAAAUUAUAGUCAAUAUAUUCCUGAUACUUCAAAUAAGGAUAUAAGUUCUUCAGAGUUAUCCCUGGCCUAUAGUCCACCUGAUUUAAAUAGGAAUAUCACGGAGAUAUUUGGAAAACUUGUCAACAUAUAUAGAGCCCUAGGUGAUGACAGGAGGUCUUUUAGUUAUUCCAAAGCUAUUCCAGUGAUUGAGAAGUUAUCUUUCAAGAUUGAAAGCGUUGAUCAGGUCAAACACCUGCCCUCAAUUGGGAAGUCAAUGCAGGACCACAUUCAUGAGAUAGUGACUACUGGCAAGUUGUCGAAGUUGGAGCACUUUGAGACAGAUGAAAAGGUGCGGACAAUCUCUUUGUUUGGGGAAGUUUGGGGUGUUGGUCCAGCUACUGCUCUGAAACUCUAUGAGAAAGGACAUCGCUCACUAGAUGAUCUGAAGAAUGAGGAUUCCUUAACAAAUGCACAGAAGUUAGGGUUGAAAUAUUUUGACGAUAUCAAGAAGAGAAUUCCACGUCAUGAGGUUCAAGAAAUGGACUCUCUUUUACAGAAAGCUGGAGAAGAUGUUUUGCCCGGGGUAGUUGUUGUAUGUGGAGGAUCAUACAGACGUGGAAAGGCUACAUGUGGUGAUCUGGACAUUGUAAUUACACAUCCUGACGGCAAAAGUCAUAAAGGAUUUUUAACGAAAUACAUGAAGCAUCUGAAAGAUAUUGGUUUUUUAAGGGAGGAUUUGAUCUUUAGCACUCACAGUGAGGAGGAUCCUGAUUCAGGGGUUGACACAUACUUUGGUCUUUGUACAUAUCCUGGUCGAGAAUUACGACAUCGAAUUGACCUCAAGGUGUACCCAAAGGAUAUAUAUGCAUUUGGAUUAAUACAUUGGACAGGAAAUGACGUACUCAAUAGGAGGUUAAGGAUACUUGCAGAUUCGAAAGGCUACCGGCUUGAUGAUACAGGGCUCUUUCUGGCCACUCAGGGUUCUGGAGGGAAACGGGGUGCAAGAGCUAGCACAAGUUUGAGCUUUAAAACAGAAAAAGAAGUGUUUGAUUUCUUGGGAUUUCCUUGGUUUGAACCUCAUGAAAGGAAUUUGUAAAUGGACUGAGUAAUAUAUUUUGUAUGUAUAUUGGCGUCCUUGUAAAGCAGAAAGUUCAUCUGGUUUUUGUAG